CGUUUUAUCUACAAUUUACCACCCAGCACAUUGCUAUUGGCCGGUUUAACAGGAUUUCGACCGACACUCGCUACACCGGCCGAAGCCCUCCCGGGUCAAGUUUUUAUGCCAUCCUCCAAUGCUGCUACACAAUUCUGCCAGCUUAAUAGAACCUGGCCGGAAAAUUUUCCUCCUCACAGUUUCAAGCCUUGCAGACAGCAACCUCUUCGCUCAGCCUUGACUAAGACACCAUGAUACAGUUAAGGACUUUUAUAUUUACAUCUGUUAUGAUCCCGUGGAUACUUUCCUCUACAGUCAACAACAAAUACAUGGACACGAGAAAAUCUAAGAGGGAUGUUGAGAUCUUUGACAAUUACGAUGUUCCCCAAGUAUCAAACACUGACCAGAAAGUAGCUAAAAAACCCAAAGAAAUGCCAACAUGUCUGCUGUGUGUUUGUCUGAUUGGAUCUGUUUACUGUGAGGAAGUGUCACCUGAAAUGUCUGCUGUCCCCACUCUGCCGAAGGAAACCACGUAUCUCUAUGCACGUUUCAACAAAAUCACAAAAAUAAGCAACCAUGACUUUGCAAACAUGGCUACGUUAAGGAAAAUUGACCUAACUGGAAAUCUCAUCACGGAGAUACAAGAUGGAGCUUUUUUGAAACUUCCCAAUCUCGAGGAGCUCAAUCUUGCAGAAAACAGACUGACUAAACUCCCUACGCUUCCCACUAAACUAUACUUAUUUGAUGCAAGUAACAACAGGCUUAAAACCCAGGGAGUGAAGGCAACGAUUUUUAAAAAACUCACAAGGCUGACAUAUCUCUACCUUGGAAACAACAAACUGAUUGCAGUACCGCAGCUUCCAGAAUCCCUUCAAGUUGUGCACCUGCAAUAUAACAAGAUAUCCACAAUCACAGAUGAGACAUUCUGCGACGGUAACGACAGUUACUACAUCCGGACCAACAUGGAUGAGGUGAGACUGGAAGGGAACCCCAUCAAGCUGUCGCUGCACCCAAACAGCUUCAUCUGUCUACAUGCUCUCCCUAUUGGAUGGUACGACUGAAUCUGGCGAAGCGAGUUUCUUACAGAGGUAAACCUUAGAGGAUGUGAUAUAAAGAUGUAGAUGCAAGAGUUUGUCUUGGUUUUUAUCACCUUCCAGAACAGAACAUCCUUGUUAUAUCGUUACACUUUGGCCUGUUGACAGGUUGCACUGUGGCAUUUUUAAUGUAUCGAUAGUCAUACUCAUACAGGACUCGCUGUGAUUAUCAUUACAUCAUACUCAUUAUCUCAGCUGUGCCUGAAAACCAUAUAAACAAUAAAAUGUGCAUGCUAGAAGUUCUCCA